CUCUUGUCUUCUCCCCUCACGCAACAACACCCAACGAUGUCUUACGGCGGCGGCGGUUACGGCGCUCCUCAGGGCGGAUACGGUGGACAUGGUGGUGGAUAUGGCGCGCCGCCUGGUGGGCCGCCUGGUGGUGGAUAUGGUGGCGGGGGCGGAUAUGGCGGCGGGGGUCACGGUGGGUAUGGUGGGCAGCAGGGCGGAUAUGGGGCAGCGGGCCAGCCGGGCGGCUUUGCGCCUCAAGGCCACGGUGGCGGGCCUCCUCCCGGCGCUGACCCUCAGCUGUGGCAGUGGUUCUCAACGGUCGACACAGACAGAUCCGGCGCGAUAACGGCGCCUGAACUUGAGCGCGCGUUGAUUAAUGGCGAUUGGACCCCAUUCGACCUCGAUACCGUCAAGCUGCUCAUGACCAUCUUUGACACGGACCGUAGUGGGACCAUCGGCUUCAACGAGUUUGCCGGGCUGUGGAAGUACAUCAAGGACUGGCAGAACGUCUUCAAGCACUUUGACCGGGACCGCUCCGGGUCGAUCGAUGGGAACGAGCUGCGCGACGCCCUCGCCCAGUUCGGAUUCAACCUCUCGCCGCACCUCCUCGUGCUCGUCCAGCGCAAAUACGACAUCAAAGCCUCUUCGGCCGGCGGCCCCCCUGGACGCGCACCCCCGGGCAUCACGUUCGACCGCUUCGUGCGCGCGUGUGUCGUCGUAAAGCAGCUCAGCGAGGCCUUUGGGCGGCUCGACACCCAGCGCUCGGGGUGGAUCCAGAUCGGAUACGAGCAGUUUAUGGAGACGGUGCUGUCGCUGCCCUGA